AUGGAUGCUGAGCAUAAUGUGGAAACAAAUUUUGAAAGUAGUUGGGUUAAACUGCCUGAUCUUAAUUUACAGUGCAAGAUCUGUUACAAAAUUUUGUCUAGCCGUCAACGUGUUAAACUGCACAUGUUGACUCAUUCUCAAAGCCGUGUAUAUUUGAAACUGCUAUCCUGUCGUUGUGGAAUUUGUAAUAAAACAUUUGCAACAAAACAGCGACUUGCCAGUCAUAUUGAAACUCAUAAAGAAGUUAGAAGACUUUACCCUUUUAAUAAAACAUAUUCAUCCUUAACUUGUAAUAUUUGUGAUAAAGUUUGCAGUUCAAGGUUUCGACUCUUUUCUCAUAUGGAUACCCAUAGUGAAGUAGAAGGCCUUACACUGAAUGUAAUUUUAGAUGUAAUGUAUGCUCAAAGAACUUUACAACCAAGAGAAGAUAUCUGCAACAUAUGGAAAGUCAUUCUGAAAUUCGAAGAAUCUUCACUUGUUUAUUUUAUUGCUGUGAAUGGAUUAACAAUUUUCAUUCAUAUUAGUGAAAGUUCAUAUAUGCCUUUGAAGGAUUUACAGUGUGAAGUAUGUGGGAGAGUCCUUUCUAGUAAACAAAGGAAGAAAAUGCAUAUGGCUACUCAUUCAAGCAUUCGUGAAAUCUACCGAUGUUCUAUAUGUCCCAAAGAAUUUGUAUGGUGUGAAACUCUUGCCCGCCAUAUGCGAACCUACCAUUCAUGA